AUGGAGAACCAGAGUGUAGAUACAAAUAUCCUGCUGCUGGAGGGUCUACAGGUCACCCCUCAGUCCUCCAUUCCUGUCUUCAUCUUCCUCCUCCUCAUCUACAUCUUCAUCAUGGUGUCAAACAUCGGCCUUUUGAUCCUGAUCUCCAUGGAGACGAGCCUCCACCAGCCCAUGUACCUGCUUUUCUGUAACAUGAGUGUUAACGACGUAUUCGGGGCCACGGCCAUCAUUCCUCGCUUGCUGAGUGACAUUUUCACUCUGCCUACAGAACGACACAUUCACUACAUCGAAUGUGUCAUUCAGGCCUUUUGUGCUCAAUUUUAUGCAGGUGUCUCUCACACAGCACUCAUGAUCAUGGCCUUUGACCGGUACGUGGCCAUCUGUAACCCCCUACGUUACACCACUAUCAUGACCAACAGGAUGGUGGUGAAGCUGUCGGUGUCGGCCUGGGUGGUCAUUUUUGUUAUGGUGUCCAUCCUGGUGGGCCUCAGCGUGCGCCUGUCACGCUGCAGGCGGACUAUUGCAGGCCCGUUCUGUGACAACGCCUCCUUGUUCAAGCUGUCCUGUGACAACAUCCUCAUCAACAACAUCUAUGGGCUCAGCUACACAGCUGUCCUGCUAGGCUUGUCUGCUGGUGGUGUAAUUUUCACCUACCUGAGGAUCACCAUGGUGUGUCUGAGCAGCAAGAACAAGGUGCUGAACAGUCGUGCGCUGCAGACAUGCACCAGUCACCUGGCUAUGUACAUUAUUAUGUAUUUUUCAGGCAUUAUCAGUAUCAUUCUUCAUCGUUUCCCUGACUUAUCAGAGCAAAGGAAGCUGGCAUCUAUUGCGUUUCACAUAGUCCCUCCUGCUUUGAACACAGUUAUCUACGGACUACAAAUCAAAGCCCUCAGACAAAAGGUUUUCUUCAUAGAGAUAUGCCAACAAAAAACUCCUCAGUGUACCAGUGUGCACACUAAAAGAAACACUGAGCUCAGGUAAAGAAUACGAGCGUACACAAGGUAAUAAUCCUCAGAAAAACUGAUACACAUCUCAGCCAGACUGGCAA